UGCAUACAAGACAACUUUGUGCUGAACUUUCAUCUGUCACGACAACAAAACUAACAACUUUCCAACAUGGAGUGAACAAAUCUGCUGUAAUUUACUGUAAGGAUAAACCAAUGGAACCAACAAAUAACAACAACGAGGACCCGAUAUUAACUCCAGACCCAGGAGGACAGAAAGAAAAGCAGUCACCAGUAGAGAACGUGUUUGGCCGACAGCUGAGUGAACCAGGGAGGUUUGCGUACGCUGGGUUAUGUGGUGUGUCACUGGGACAGCUCUUUCAUGGACACGAGCAAAAACGUUUUCGUGAGGCAUAUCUGGAGGGUCUGGUUCAGUGGCUGAAUCUCGAUGAGUCGGUCAUGCCGGUUAUGCAAGCUUUCCUGACAGGACUCGGGUUCGAAGGCACUGACACCUUCCUGUCCAUUUUGCACGCAGAGCCACUGCUUCGAGCCGGAGCUUUACCCAUCACUCAUGAUCUCGUGUCUUUCUCUGUCAAAGAUGGACAUUAUGAUGCCAGGGCUCGUGUUCUGAUCCGACAUGUCAGCUGUCUCCUGCGUGUGACCCAACAGCAGCUGGAGGAUUUUGAAGAGACCCUCGGAGAGAAAUUGAGAGAGGCUGGAGAGGAGAGCGAAGAAGAGUCUUCAAGACGGCAGAAGAAAGAGAGAGGUCGUAAAUUGCGCCGGUAUCUGCUCAUCGGACUUGCCACUGUGGGUGGAGGGACAGUAAUCGGUGUCACAGGAGGGUUGGCGGCUCCUCUGGUGGCUGCCGGGGCAGGAGCUGUGCUGGGAGCGGGUGGAGCCGCUGUUCUGGGAUCUGCCACGGGCAUCGCCAUCAUAGCCUCGUUGUUUGGAGCCGCGGGGGCCGGGUUAACAGGCUAUAAAAUGAACAAGCGUGUCGGCGCUAUACAGGAGUUUGAGUUUCUUCCGAUGAGUUCUGGAAAGCAUCUGCAUCUGACUAUAGCCGUGACAGGCUGGUUAUGCAGCGGCAAAUACAGUUCGUUCCAGGCUCCCUGGUCCAGUCUAGGAGCAUGUGGCGAGCAGUACUGUCUGAAAUGGGAGUCGCGUUAUUUAUUGGACCUGGGCUCUAUUCUGGACUCAUUAUGGGACGGGCUUGUUAGUGUCUUUGCUCAGGAGGCCCUCAAAUACACAGUGCUCUCAGGCAUAGUAACCGCUCUGACAUGGCCUGCCUCUCUGCUGGCUGUGGCCAGUGUGAUCGACAACCCCUGGGGAGUGUGUCUGAGUCGCUCAGCGGAGGUGGGGAAACACCUCGCACAGGUGCUCCGGAGCCGACAGCAGGGAAAGCGCCCUGUCAAUCUAAUUGGCUUUAGCCUUGGAGCUCGUGUCAUAUACUUCUGCCUAGAAGAGCUCGCUAAUGAUCAAGGUAGUGAAGGUGUGGUGGAAGAUGUGGUGCUCCUGGGGGCCCCUGUGGACGGCUCCGAGAAAGCAUGGAAGAGACUCUCCAGGGUAGUGGCGGGGAAGAUUGUUAAUGGAUAUUGCAGAGGGGAUUGGCUUCUUGGAUUCCUGUAUAGGAGUUCAUCUGUCCAGCUGUCUGUUGCUGGGCUCCAGCCAAUCAAUUCGCAAGACCGCAAAAUAAUCAAUGUGGAUCUGUCAUCAGUGGUAAAAGGACACCUGGACUACAUGCGUCAGAUGGACACCAUCCUAGUAGCAGUGGGGGUUCCUACUAGGGAAGAGGCUGGAGACAUGAGUAGCAAAUUACAGCUUGUUCAUUUAUCUGAGGAAAAACCAGGCACUCCAGAAUCAGCUGGUCAGAGCAGAGUCAAAGGGGAACCAUCCAUGGACAUUUCAAACAAAGAUAUUUUAGAUGUCCCAUCAUCAAAUGUAGAUCAAUACGAGAGGAAGGACUCUGAGAAUGGCUGGGAUAUCCCUGAUAUAUCCGAUUUACUGGAUUCCAUCAGUGAAUGUGAUGGCAUCCUUGAAUCCUGUCAUGGUAAUGCUCAUUCACAGUGUGCUCUUGGAGGCGAGAACCAUGUUGAACCAUCUCAGGACCAAUGCAAAAUAGACAGAGACAAUGAAAGUAACACAGACUUUGAGCACACGUCAUGGGACUGGGACGACACGAACUGGACUGCUGAACACACAAACACAACCAACCAAUCGCACACUGGAGCACAGAACCAGUUAACCAAUGGCAAACCUGAUUGUUCUGAGCCUAGAUGACAUUUUCAAGGUUCACUCACAGAAUGUGGGUCAGGUCUAGAUGGUAAACCUCGCUCCGAGAAACUCUCCAUGGAGUCACAUUUGCUGCUACCAAGAUGAGGGUUGGGGACUCGAAUUAACACAGUGUUUGAAGGUCGCAUGUGAGACUUUUAGCAGAAGAAGGGUUACCAUCUAGACACCACCCAGAAUAUAAAAUAGCAAUAUAAGCUAGAACCAACUGGAACCUUGGCUUUUUGCAAGUCUGGAAUCGCCUAAUAAUCUCAUUAAGUUAUUACUGGAUAUCAUCUGUAAUUAAUAUCAACACUGCUGAAUGUGAUUUGUGAUAAACUACUAUGUGAAAACUGUCAGUAUUCUGUGUAUACCAUUUGCCCCCUUCAUUAAAAGGGGUUUGUUGUUUAAUUAAGAUGUGAAUUACAGCUCCACAGACAACCCACUUGA